CUGUACGCUCCUCUCCAGCAUGUCAGCGCCGUGUUACCCGGGGGUGCGGCGGACCGGGCCGGUAUAGUGAAAGGAGACCGAAUACUAGAGGUUAACAGGGUGAGCGUGGAGGGAGCGACUCACAAGCAGGUGGUGGAUCUGAUCAGGGCUGGAGAGAGGGAGCUGGUGUUGACCGUACUCUCUGUGCCGGCACAGGAAGCGGACGGAGUUGAAGGUGGCGAGGAAAGCGUAGUGCAGCCCAAUUACGACUACAGCGACAAGCAGGCUGUCCCCAUUUCAAUCCCCACAUACAAACAUGUGGAACAGCUCUCAGAGAAGUUUGUGGUGUAUAACGUGUACAUGUCGGGCAGACAGCUGUGCUCGAAGCGUUACAGGGAGUUCGCAAUACUUCAUCAGAACCUGAAGAGAGAGUUUUCCAACUACAAUUUCUCAAAGCUGCCAGGGAAAUGGCCCUUUUCUCUGUCUGAACAGCAGCUGGACGCUCGCAGGAGGGGGUUGGAGGAAUACCUGGAGAGAGGUGAGACAGAGGACAGAGAGUGGAGGAAGUAAAAUGUGUCCUUUAAUUCUUAUGCAUUAUUUUUUUAUUACAAUAGGGUUGGGGAAAAAUGCAGGUCUUGUUUGCAAUGUGUCCU